AUGGGAAGUCUAUGGUUUACGGUAGAAGAAUAAUAUGGCGGACCAAAAUAACAAGGGCGCUAAAAGAUUAUUUUGGAUAUUUGUGAUUUCUAUCAAAUCAGUGACUGGCUAAAACUUUGCAGUGCAUUUGUUAUGUUUUUACUAUAUUAUUUAUUUCAAAUAUUGCAUGAAAAAUAAAAAUGUCAGCAAUCAAAGUAAAUUUCGAAAUCGGACACGAAGCAUCUUUAAGAUCUAAAAAGACUCCAGAAGGAUUCACUCAUGACUGGGAAGUGUUUGUUCGCGGCCAGGAAGGGGCUGAUAUAAGUCACUUUGUAGACAAAGUGGUUUUUCUUCUACAUGAGACUUUUAAAAAGCCCAGAAGAGUUGUGAAAGAACCACCCUUUACUGUCAAAGAAUCUGGAUAUGCAGGAUUCAUGUUCCCAAUUGAAAUCUAUUUAAAAAAUAAAGAUGAACCUAAGAAGAUCAAGUUCUCAUAUGAUUUCACUCUACAACAAAGUGGAUUUCUGAAAGAUCGCUACAUAUUUCAAAAUCCUAAUGAAGAGUUCAGAAAAAAGCUUUUAAAAGGAGGUGGAAUACCCAUAAGCAAUAAUGCAUUCUAUACUAACCCCGAUCAAGAAAGUAGAAGUAGAGAUUCAUUCACAGAAGAAAAACAGCAGCUUGUUAGUAAGCCUAAGCUAUCAUCUGAAAAUAUUAAAAAACACAAAUCCAAGGAGCACAAAGAGGAAGUCCCACACAAAACAACCAGCAGCUUUGAAAACCUUUUUGGACCUCCUUUGCAAAAACCACCAAAAGUAUCUCCAGAUCCUAAAAAACUGGAAAAAAGUGUACCUCCUGUCAAAUCAGAUAAGAAGGAUAAAGAAAGAUCUAGCUCUGACAAAAAGCAGAAACAUGAACACAAAGAAAUCAAAAUGGAUAAAAUGAAAGUUAAAGAAGAUAAAGAUAAAGGGAGGCCAGAAAAAAUAAAAAAUCACACCAAAGAUGUUGAGAAACAGAAAGAUAAAAAUAAUAAAAGACCAAUUGAAAGACCUCCAUCUCCAGAUAUGGCAAAGAAGCGUUGCUUGAGUCCAAUCAAAAGAGCUCUUAGCCCACCACGUUCCAGUAGUGCUUCUAGUAUUAAAGAUGAUUAUAAACCACCAAAACACAGUGUUGACAAUUUAGAGCAAAAGAAAUCUAAAAUUGAGGACAAAAGUCUUGAUGUCAAAAUAGAAAAAGAAUUGAAAGAAAAGAAGAAAAAAGAAAAGAAAAGCCAUGACAGAGAUAAAGAAAGGAAAGAAAAAAAGGAACAUAAAAAAGAAAGCCACAAAUUAAAAGAGUCUCCAAAAGAGCCACCAAAAGAAACACCCAAAGAGGUUCCUAAAAUACGGGAAGCUCCAAAAGAAAAAGAACCAAUGAAAGACUCCCCAAUGAUUAAAGAAAAACCAACAAAGCCUGAUAAGAGUGUUAAUAAAUUUUCAUUAGAAAAUCUUAGAAAAACACCGCCACCUGAUGAAGAACGAACAGAAAGUCACAAAUCAAAAGAGAAAGGUGAUCCAGAAAGGAAACACAAACACAAGAAAAAGGACAAGAAACGAGAUGAGUCACGAGAGAAACACAAAGAAUCAAGUAAAGAAAAGAAGCAUAAGCAUGAAAAGGUUCGUGAAAUAGUCCCUGAAAAAAUUGAAAUAAUUGAACGUAGGGAAACACCCAUACCCAAAGAACGUCCCCUACCAGAACCAGCAUCUCCUAUUUCAAUUGAUACUGCAUCUCAGUGUAGUUCUAAGAGUGGUCUGGCCAAAUCAUCUCAUAUUGGAAACGAAGAUGUCAACAGCAGUCAUUCUGAUUCUGAGAGUUCAGUUAUUGCAGAUGAAGAGGACACUAAAGUUAAAAUUGAAAAUCCAUCUCCAGAACCCAUCAAACAUGAACCAUCUCCAGAACCAGAACCGGAACCAGAGAUUGAACCAGAGCCAGAAUUGGAACCAGAACCAGAGCCUGUGGUUGAACCUCCUCCACCACAUAAGGAGAAAAAACAAAAACACAAAGAUAAAUCUGCAAAGAGAGAAGAAAAACGACGUAAACGGAAAGCAGCUGAAGAAGAGAGAGAUAAUUUAGAAAUCCUAGAAAACAGAAAAAUUGCAAAGACUUCAGAAAAUGCAGCAACAUUCAAUGAUACAGAACGUGGCGAGAGCAGUGGCUCAACAUCUGUAGAAACUAAGGUCCAGGACAAUGGAGUCUCUAGUAGUCUCGGUGAAGAUGCGGAGCCUGGCGACCUCUCCCCAGACUACAUGGUGCAACUCAGAGAUUUACAGCAACGCAUUAUGAAAAUUAAAAAUAAUGAGGAUUUGGAGAGGGUAGUCAAUCUGAUUGCAGAAACUGGCCGGUAUGAAGUAACUACACAGACAUUUGACUUUGAUCUUUGUUUGUUAGACCGCUCCACAGUACAACAGCUUAUACAAUUAGUGGGUUGUUAGAUAUUAGAAUGUAACUCAUGUUUGUUUUCUUUUUGUAAAUAACAGCAGAUAUGCACUAACAAGGCAUUUGUGUAAACUUGUUGCGUCUGUCGUGACAUAGAUGGCAGCGAAGCAGUUUCAAACAGCUUUUAUUUACGAUGUUGCAUAAAAUAAGUUAGAAAUAAUCUCAUAAAAGUUUUAUCUAUUGAUAUCUUCACAUUACUCGACACUUGAGUUUAAAGUGCAAUACUGUAUAGUUAUACUAUAAAGUUAUAAGACUGUUGAAAGAUUGUUAAAAGUAAUGUAUAUUUUGUACAUUAUUAUAUUGAUUCAUUAUUAAGUAAGUUAAUAAACUUAAAGUUUUAGAUUAACCUCCAUUAUCCCAGGAUGGGAUCAGAGAGGCUAUGUUAAUAUUAUUGUAAAAUAGUUAUAAUGGCAAGUCUAAUGUUUUGAAUUUAUUUAUAAGAAUAUUAUUUUCUCUGAUUUUGACACAUAAGUUUAAACUUUCUGUUUACUGGUUUAAAAUUAAUUGGCAUCCAUUGCUACUCACAUAGGUAUUGCAUAAUUUUUAAUGUAAGGUAUCAGCUGUAUUUAAAACAUCACUAUUUUAGAUAAUACAGAUUUUGCCAUCAGUCUUGAUGCAAACAGCUACAAAUUAAGGAUUUCUUCAAGAUUCUGCAAUGGUUAUAGUUUAGUGCUCAUUUUGGCUUGGUUUGAUCUUGUACAUUAUAUUUGUUACAUAACUUAUUUUUUUAUUUAUAGUAUUUUAAGAUAUUAUAAAGUAAUAAAUAGAGUGUACACUAA